AUGACAUGCGUAGAGGCAACCCAGAACCUGCCCAAACCGAGAGCGGCGGCUGCCUCUGUAAUGAAUGCUUUGUUUGGAGCUUGUGCUGCUCUCCAGCAUGCUGAUAAUGAUGUGUCGAUGCAACAGAAUGCUGCCAAUGUGGCUCAAUCCAUAUGGAGUGCUCUGGAUGAAAUGGAGAGACAAGAAGCAAAGGACCACUAUAUUGCUCCAGAUAUUGUCACCUACAGUCUGUGUUUCUGUGCCACGCAACAGCAACAUCCAUCCUUUGCCCGGUCGAUCUUGGAACGAGGUCUUCAGGCCAGCAAGAAACAAGCCGGCUCCAAACGACGCAAAGCCUUGGCUGCAGCAAGACGACGAAAACCUAGCCAUCAGAGCAGCAACGAACGAGAAGAUUCUACUUCUGACGUUACUACUAGAAUUUUGGAGACAAACCUAAGGCAGGUCUUGCAAGACGAGUCGCUUCGCAUCUUGUUGGACACAGAGGACUUUCUUGUCCUCGACAAACCCAGUGGCAUCACUUGCUACCACACCAUGACCACCACAGCGGGAAAGAUAUCAUCCAAACACCGCAAGGGCACCACCACCAAAGACAUUAGCAUGGAAGAUGCUCUGUUGCACGUCAAUGUCCCACUCUCCACGUUGAACCCGGACUGUCAGGGACUCGUCCAUCGCCUCGAUCGAGGAACGGGGGGAAUCAUGAUAUGGACCAAGACGAAUGAGAUGCAUGCCCGGUUAGUCACGUGCUUUUUCCUUCGCCAAGUCCACAAACAAUACACAGCUCUCGUCGCACCUGCACCAGAUGGUUUAUCAUCUUUGGCUAGUAGUAUUCCCUUGGACAGUCCUGUUCACGGACACACGGCUAGUUCCAGGGUGACCCUGCUAGAGUCCUAUGGAGAUGCAGCCGCACUGUUGAAGGUUGAACCAGCAACAGGAAGGCGGCACCAAGUACGGGUUCAUCUAGCUCAAGAAUUGCAUAGCCCAGUUGUGUUGGAUCCCUUGUAUUCCGUUUCAGAUGAAGAAUCCAGAGCUGCAGUGGACUUGUCCGCAUUUCUUCCCGCCAAUCUGCUUCUACAGGAGGAGCAUCUAGGAACUACUGUGGAUGCCACCGAUAAUAAGAAGAGCAAAAAGUCCCGAAAGAAUAAACAGGCAUCACAGCAGCAACAGCAACAGCAACAAGAACCACAAUCCAAACGUUUCUUUUUGCAUGCUUCGGCUCUUUCGAUUCCCAUGCUGAAGAUUGAUUUGGAGUGUUCCUUGCCUGAAUGGUGGCAAGAGACACUGGAGUCGUUGCGGUCGCAGUCCUUCUCCAAUAACAAGUAA